UUUAAAGAUUUCAAACUUGAAUUUGUUGAACAAAUGCUAUAAAAACGAUAUACAAAACUAAUGAACACAUUAUUUUAGUGUUAGACUUCUUACAGUCUAAUCUAUUAGACGCUAAUCAUUACAAUAAUGUAUAUCAUUAUUGCUUUGGCUUAAAAUAAGUACUCAAGAGACACAUCGGGUGGCCGUCGAGUGCGCCAACAGAGCGAAGAAGAUUGCGGACAAACCGUACGAUUAGUCGAAAAUGAGAGACAAGUGGUCGACCGGAGAGGAUAUGGAAAAGACGGAAGAAAGUGAAGGGUGUGAUAGGAUUUUGGCGGAGACUCGACAAAAACUGAGACAAAUAAAAGAUUACUAUCGGAAUCAGUUGAAAGAAGUCCGUAAACUCAUAAUAAUCAAUAGUUUACUGUCGGAAUUGUCUGCCAUGAAAGCCAAUCGUCUGUUGGAUAGCAACAAAUUGGAUCCCAAUUUUGUAAACAAUUUGAAGGCAUUGUCGGUCGAAGAGUUGAUACUACUUAAGGACCACUUGAAGUUCUCAAACGAGAAUGGGAUUAAACUUGCGGUCGAAUUAAUGGACAAAUAGAUAAUGAAAUCUAUUUUAGAACCUUAAGUUUUUUUCAAUUUUUCUGUACAUUUAUUGCAUAC